AGUGAACCGUCACAGACAAUGAGGUGUCAUCAUGUUCUAUCUCUGCUUGCGUCCUUCAUCGCCUUCAACAACAUGAAGAGUCAUAGUAUGAUGAUAAGACGUCGUGGCUACUCAUUCUGGAGUAAUAUGGGUGGUGGAGGACUUAUGCGACCAGGCUUCAUCGGUGGUGGCAUGGCUGGUGGCCUCAUGGGUGGCCCAAUGGGUGGAUGGGCUGGUGGUCUCAUGGGUGGCCCAAUAGGAGGAAUGGCUGGAGGCCUUAUGGGUGGCCCAAUGGGUGGAUGGGCUGGUGGUCUCGUGAGGCGUCGAAUUCGAAUACGUGGAAUGGCUGGUGGUCUUAUGGGUGGCCGAUUUGGGGGAAUGACUGGUGGCCUGAUGGGUGGCCCAAUUGCUGGAAUGGCUAGUGGCCUGAUGGGUAGCCCAAUGGGUGGAAUGGCUGGUGGUCUCAUGGGUGGCCCAUUAGGUGGAAUGUCUGGUGGUCUCAUGGGUGGUCCAUUCGGUGGAAUGGCUGGUGGCCUCAUGGGUGGCCCUAUGGGUGGUUGGGCUGGUGGUGUCACGCAUCGUCGAAUUCGAAUACGUGGAAUGGCUGGUGGUCUUAUGGGUGGCCCAUUUGGUGGAAUGGCUGGUGGCCUCAUGGGUGGCCCAUUUGGUGGAAUGGCUGGUGGCCUCAUGGGUGGUCCAUUGGGCGGAAUUGGUAGUGGCUUCAUGGGUGGCCCAAUGGGUGGAAUGGCUGUCGGCGUCAUGGGUGGCCCAAUGGGUGGAAUGGUUGGUUGAUUGACUGGUGAUAUGAUCAGCGCCACGAAGACAUUCGGAUACUCGAGCCCCAUGCAAACGUUUGGAGGAUCUGGAUUCGACAAUGCAUGUCCGUGACAGGCUCCUUCGGCAGUGUGUAUGAAUGAAAAGAACAUACAUUGUAAUAUACAUUGUUUUGUUGCUCUUCA